UCGAUGGCUUCUGGCAGUGGUAGCGCAAGCGGAACGACGAGCAAGAACGAUGACUCCAAAUGGUACUUCACGGCCGAGCAGCUCGCCAACUCGCCGAGCCGCAAGGCGGGCAUGGACGCGGACCAGGAGCUUAUGUACAGACAGCGAGCCGCCAACCUGAUACAGGACAUGGGCCAGCGGUUGCAAGUAUCACAGCUCUGCAUCAAUACGGCCAUCGUGUACAUGCAUCGGUUCUAUGCGUUUCACUCGUUCACGCAGUUCCAUCGCAACAGCAUAGCGGCGGCCGCCCUGUUCCUAGCAGCAAAGGUCGAAGAGCAACCACGCAAGCUCGAGCACAUCAUCAAGGUGGUGCACAUUAGUCUCGGGAUGGAAGCGCCGGAUCCGCUGCGGGAAAGCUACGCCGAACAGGCGCAGGACCUGGUGUUCAACGAGAACGUGCUGCUGCAGACGCUCGGCUUCGAUGUGGCGAUCGAUCAUCCCCAUACGCACGUGGUCAAAACAUGCCACCUGGUGAAAGCUUCCAAAGAUUUGGCACAGACGUCCUACUUCAUGGCAUCCAACAGCUUACACCUUACAACCAUGUGCCUGCAGUACAAACCGACGGUUGUGGCCUGCUUCUGCAUACACCUUGCCUGCAAGUGGUCCCGCUGGGAGAUCCCCCAGUCGAACGAGGGCCGGCACUGGUUUCACUACGUGGACAAGACAGUAACGCUCGAUCUGCUGAAGCAGCUGACGGAUGAGUUUCUUCACAUCUUCGACCGCUGCCCGACGCGGCUGAAAAGCAAGAUGAAGUCGAUACGGGCCGACUCGGGUGCGGAGGAAUCGGGCAGACGAACAGGUGGAAGCAGUAGCAGCAGCAACAGCCUAAUGGCGGCACCAUCCUCAUCGUCCGUACCGCGCGGCCUGGAUGAAGCCAGCACCGGCUCAUCGUCCGCCUCUAGUCAUCAUCGUCCCAAACAGGGUUCCAGCUCCGAUAUGAUGAAACCGCACGGUAUGUCGUCUUCCGGAAGCCAUCAAAAGAUUCCUUCCUCCUCGUCGAGUUCCGCCAGUUCCCGGUCGCGCUCCGACCGGCCUCCCUCCGCCUCCGGUACGCUCGCCGGGCAGCCGCAGCAACAGCCGCCACCACCGUCCCAGCAUUACGGUAGUGGCAGCAGUAGCAACAGCAGCAGCAGCACGAGCAGCAAGGGCCCGAUGUCGUCGCAUCGGGGCAGCAUGCAGCAGCCGUCCUCGCUGCAACUCAACCCGUCCGGUGCGGUCCCAUCGCAGCGUUCCGGCUCGGGGUAUCAGGGACACGAGGGCGGCAGCAAAUCGCGCCAACCCUCGUCCGCUUCCGGGCUGCUGCAGCAGGCCAGCGGAGGUGCGCCCGCCGGAAGCGCUGGCGGAAGCACGGCUUCCUCCGGCUCUUCGUCGUCCAUGCAUUCCGGCUACAAUCAGAUGAAGGCCGACCGGCACGGCAGCAGCGGCCAGAAGCUGCCAUCCAAGCCACCGUCCUCUUCGUCGUCCUCGUCCUCAUCGGGUGCUGCCGUGGGCGGUCCCAACUACGGCACGAAGCAACAUCCGGCUCCAUCGUCCCAGCCGUCGUCGUCGUCUCUCUUUUCCCAUCCGCCCAGCUACAACCAGUCGAUCAGUGGCCGAACGACGAACGUCCCGCUCGCCGAUCAGCAAUCGGCGACGAGCGGUAGCAGCAGCAGCAACAGUGGCAGCAGCAGUAAUCAGCCAAAACCGGAGCCCAGCACGUUCCGGUUGCUCGACGAGUCGAUCGGCCGGCUGGCGGACCCGAUGCAGAUGUGCACGCCACCGAAGCAAAGCAAACCGUCGUCCAUCUUCAGCCCGGACUGGAAGGACUCGCAAACCGAAUCGCUGCAGAACCUGCCGUCGGGCAAAUCGCGCUCGAGCGGCCACUAUGGUAAUGUGGCGUCGGCCGGUGGUGCGCCAGCCGACCGAUUGCUGAAACCGCCCAAGGGAAGCCCGAGCGGGAAGAAGCAGCAACAGCAGCAGCAGCAGCACCACGGCAUGGCUGGUUCGCGCUCCGAUGGCCAGAAGAAGGAUCGCCGCAUGGACGGUUCGGUUGGGGGGCUCGCCGGGCAACAGCCACCCGCUUCCAGCAAGCAUCAGCCGAUGGGCCACGACAAGAAGUCGCUCGGCCCGCCCAGUUCCUCCCUGCCGAUGGUGGGCGGCACCACCAACCUGAGCAGCACCGGUAGCAAUAAUGGUAGCAGCAGCAACAACAGCCACACUAGCCACAAUUUGAAGCGGGCGCUGGACGGUACGGCCAUGCCCCCGCACCAGGACCCGUCCGGACCGCUGGGCAGCCUGACGGGCAAUGGUGGCAACACUCAUUCCAGUGGCAACGCCGGCGGCCUGCUGUCGUCGCAGGCGAAGCGACCGCACCCGAGCAACGAGCAGAUCCGGCAGGACGACGGGACCGACUUUCGAGAGCAGAAGGUGCGCCGAACGGCGGAACCGUCCGGCUCCUCCUUCCUCCCGUCGUCCGGCUCGCCCUCCGACCAACUGUUCAACUCGUCGUUCGACCUGGCCAGCACGUUCGACAAGAUGGACGAUUCGUCGUCGCUGUUCAACUUCAACGAUCCCGGCUCGCUGCUGUCCCAGCCGCUGCUGAGCGACUCGAAACCGUCGACGCUGGCCAAGAGCGGCGGCAUCUUCAGCAACACGAUCAACGGCAUCGAGACGAACGCGGCACUGGUGAGCAGCCUGCUCAAGGAGAGCCUGUUCAACGAGACGCCCAAGUUUGGCUCCCUGUACGGCGGCACGAGUGAUCCGCCGCCCAGCAGCGGAUCGCGCACCGAUGUGACCGACUCGAAGCCGCUCGAUACGACGGGUGGCUCCUCGGCACAGCCGGCGAAUGAAACGAAACCACAGCUUGCUUCGAUGGAAAGUCUGCUCGGGCUUCCACCGACUUCGGCCGCCUCUGGGCAGCAACAAUUGCCAACUGCAGCCGGCGGUGGUGGCCCCAACGAUGCCACCCAGCCCGGUGCGGUUCCACCUUCCUACCCGUGGGUGACGACCGGCAACGCUGCCCAGAUGGGUGACGCUCCUGCAGCCGCUACCGCCACCGCACCCCCGACGGCAGCACUGGCUCCCGCCUCCGCCGAUGUCGCAGCACAACAGCAGCAGCAACCGGCAGCGACUGCCUCGACCGCUUCCGACCCGGACACCGACACCGGCGGCCAUCGGUCCAAAUCGGAGAAGAAAAAGAAGAAGGAAAAGCACAAGCACAAGGAAAAGGACAAGACGAAGGACCGCGACCGGGAGGAGAAGAAAAAGCACAAAAAAGACAAGGACAAGCACCGGGAUCGGGAGCGCGACCGGGAGAAGGGCGACCAUCAUGCCGGGGCGACGGGUGCCGGUCCGGAUGGGGCCGGCGCCGGCCAUCAGGGCGUCGGUCACUCGGCGCCGCAGGAUCCGCCCGGCCCGAUCAAGAUCAAGCUGAACCGGGCGAUCCUACCGCCCUCGGUGGAUGGCGUCGGGUUGCACGGGUCGGGGUCCGCCCCGUCCGGUGGGCCGGCGAACGAUGGGCUGAAGAUAAAAAUUCCCAAGGACAGACUGUCCGGUUCGUCCUCACUGCCCGGCGGCGGCGGUUCGGCAGCGGCCGGCGGUUCGUCCCACGGAGGUGGUGGUGGUCCGUCCGGCGGCGGCGUCGGAGGAGGAGGAUCGGCUUCCUUGAAGUUGAAAAUUUCCAAGGAUAAGAUAGAACAUUACAACAUCAGCGCUACGAGCGAUGGUGGUGGUGGCACGGGUGGAAUUGGCAGCGGUGGUGCGUUGGGGGCGGCCGGGCUACCGAUGGGCGGUCCGAGCGCAAUGGGCGGCCCCGGUGGCAGUGGUAGCAAAAAGAAGGACAAGGAUCGCGAUAAGGAUCGCGAGAAGAGCAAAUCCAAGUCCUCCAGCUCGUCGUCGUCGGCGGAGCAUGGCAGCCGGCAGAAUGGGGGAAGCGGCGGCGGCUCGGCGGCUUCCGGCAACAGCAGUAGCAAAUCUUCCAGCAAGAAUCUUUCAACGUUACAGCAACCCCAGCAGCAGCAGCAGCAGCAGCAGUACGGUAUGUACAAUGCGAACCAAUCGAUGCAGGCGACCAACGCAGCAAUGGCAUCAAUGGCUGGGAUGGUGCCAGGCGGCGGUAUGCACGGUGGCAGUUACCAUCAACAGCCCGGUUUCGACUAUCUACAGCAGCAACAAUCGGUCGCAGCACUCCAGCAGCAGCAGCAACAGCAACAGCAGCAGUACUAUUCCCAAUACGGUCAGUUCGGCCAACAGCAGCAGCAGCAGCAGCAACAGUUUCAGCAACAAAUGGCCGCAUCCGGUCCUGGUUCGAUGCUGCUGAACGCAUCGUCCGGGCCGGCAGGGAUGCUCGGUAAGCUACCGGGGCAACCAGGCGGCGGCGGCGGUGGUUCUACGGGCGGUCUGCAACCGUCCGCACUGCCACCGUACUACUACGGUGGAGGUUCCGGUACGGGUACGGCCACCAACCAGGGUGCUGGUAAAAAAUAAGACUCUACAAUGCUUCGUCACUCGACGGAAGGAGCAGGCAAUGAUGCAUUUGUGUAUGCCACCGUGGCACACUGGACUCAGUCAACUCCCGCCUUCCACUGGGUCACCUAGGGGUGGGGCGGUGGAGGAACGCUUGUCAGUGGGGGAGAAGCCUUGUACGCUCGAUGGUGGAGAGCGUUGAUUGUUUGUUGCUUUUUUAAGGCUUCAGUUUGAUUAGGAUUUAUCUUUGUAUAUAGUUUUGGAUCGAUUUAGCAUUCUUAAAUUCUUCUUUUGGACUGUAAUAUUUUCGAACAUCAUCGUUGUGUUUAAGUAGACUAUUUGCUACCCCUUAUUUUACCGCGUGGUCGUGUGUGGACAGUGGACAUACACACACACGGACGUACACAGAGAGAGAGAGAGAGAGACAACGUGCGGAAGUGCACCACCACUUUCACGCCUGCACAGCCACCUGCCCAGGGCAAACGGUGGGGUCAGUUCGGUUCGGUCCGGUUCGGUGUGCGCUGAAUCAUCCGCAGAGAAUCUUAUUCUAUCGUGAAAAGCAGUAUAGUGUUAUUAAGGGUCGGUUUUACUCAGCCGAUGUUACGGACAUUUCAAUCACGUACCAUGUAUGGUAGUUUUUUGAAACAAAACAUAGAGAGCGAGAGAGAGAGAGAGAGAGAGAGAGAGAGAGAGAGAGAGAGAGAGCGAAAGGGGUCGCUGUUAUAGAUGUGUUAUCCCCCUAGACCGCAGCUAGACGAUGUUUAUUUUUAUAUACCUUAAUUUAACGGCGAACCCCGAUUAAUGUUAUCUUCCACAAGCCGAACCAAGACUCAAGCAUCCUCCCCGUCGAGAUUCGCAUCAUCAUGCGCAAUAGACAGUUCCACGUGGAAUGAUGGGUGUUCCCACUAGCGAAAAAGAAAAACUGAGUGUACAGAUCCAACAGUUGGCACAGUCCAAACUCUCGGCAAUCCUUACCUUGUGCUGCACUUUGCGGCAGUGAAUUUCGUAAGACAUUCUGUUAAUUUGUACGGCACGAUGUGCGCCACUGUACGAUUGAAAUGGAAUACACAAAAUGCGGCGGAAUUAUGCUGAAUGGAAAAGAAUACCUGUGUGUGUGUGUGUAUGUUUGCGUUAUCGACAUGCAUAUGUGUGUGUGUGUGUGUGUUUUUUUUUACUUCCUGAAUGGUUGUUGGCUCCCCCCUUUUCGUCUGUGUGGAAGCAACACGGAAUCGAGAAUAGUGUGCUCUCUCGUGUUCGGUCUCGUAUUGGGGUAUACAGCCUGCUCAGUCCUGCAACUUGUUGCGCUGGUAACUAUGGGGCCCAGAACAAGUCGUUCAAACGUUCCGUUAAACAAAGGUUAAUAGCGAAUGACGCGCUACCGACGUAUUAAUUUAAGCUAGCGAAAGAAACAACAAAAAGAAACACAUGUAUUUGUACGGUUCACUAUGAACUACAGGAGUGGCACUCAAAUGUUGUGUUAAAAACAGAUUCGAGGAAAGAAGAGGAAGAAGAUACAAAAAAACGGAAACCUGAAUCGAAAAACCUAUACAAUGCUGACAGCAUUUUUACUUCCUCUCUUGUUCACAUCGAUCAACUUCCUAGAAGUGAAAAAAAAAUUGGUUUGUUGCUAUUUGUGCUGCGCCUUCACGUGGUUUUUGGUUUCUUCCCUCUCUCUCUCUCUCUCUUUCUCUGAUGGCUGUACGACUAUUACGCCGUGGCGAAAAUAAUGUUUGAGAUUAGGAAGUUUUGUUUUAUUUGUAUAAGCGUAUCAAAAAAGGAAAAGAAAAACACACAAAUUGUAUCGAAAUAAUGCUGCGUAAAAUUCAAAUUCCUGACCACAAAAAAAAAACAUUUAAACCUAAACAUAAAAACUUUGAAAACACUGGAAAAAAACGGAUACAAAAUUGAGCAAUCAUACAAAAAAGGAAAAGACAAAAUUACAAAACACAAAAAAGGUAACAAAAAUAAUUAAAAUUAAACUCCCGCAGCAGGGAGAGAUGUUUAUAGAUAAAUUAAAAUCUUAGUCGAUCGUACAGCUACAGAAGAAAAAAGAGAGAAAAAAGAGGAUAAAGGCGAGUUGGAAGAUGGAUACUAUUGGAAAUUGGAAAAUAAUAGGCCCGCAACGUUUCACUACGAGUCAGACUCGCGGUUGCGAAGUGGUUAAUGAAAUUAUUAUCAAUACAACCACAACAACAAAAAAUACUAUUACAAAACAAAAUAUGUUUACCUAAACACAAAACAAAAGGAAAGCGAAAAUGGAAAAAAACUGUUUGAAAGUUACAGCUCUGUAUAAAACAAGAUACAAAGAUUGAAAGGAGAAAAGGCGUUCGAAACAAAAAAAGAAUUAUAUCAAUUAUACACAAUGUGUGAAUAGUCGGUGGGCUGCAAAUUGCGGAUUGCUGUGGGCUGUGUGGGACACUCUUAAACCGCCUCCCCCUGCCGGCUGAAGAUAGACUACACUGUCCCGUGUUUAUGGCCUGGACACCCCCUCCCCCCCUCCCCAUCCCAACCCUGUGUCUGGUAAUCUGUGUAAGGAUGUACCGAAAGUACUAAAUAAACGUUGAGAUUGUGGGGCGCGCACGCUACUGUUGCGCGUGCUAUACAAGCAAUGCCGAGCGCGAUGUUGUUCAUGGUGUACUGGGUGUAGAUGCUGUUUUUGGUGGCUGCUGAUCGGGUGCCAUCGCAACCAUUCACACUUACUAUCACGGUGUAUCAAGCUUACCAACUUCUCGUUCAGAAACAAUAUGUUGAAAGCUAUUCCACCACACCAGCACCGGUCUGCUCUCACGCAAAACCAAUUAAUAUCACGAUACAUGGGAAGGAGCCGUUUGGAUAGUUGCUUCUAACAUAGCAAGCAGGAAAGAAAGGAAUAGUAAAUAAAAAUCCAGAAAAAAGCGAAAAUAAACCGAAAGAAAUAGCAAGAGAAAGAGAGAGAGAGAGACGAUGGUGGGACGGACAAUCCCCCCCUACGUAUUAAAUACAACCAAACGAUUGUUGCAAAAAAGAAGUGCAGUUACCGGGUCUAGCAAAAGGUAACGAGUUAAACGUAACUAAGCAAAUUACUACACACUUAAUGGAAAAAAGAAAGCAUUAACAUAAGAAAAA